CUAGCUUCUUUUCAUUGUUGGUGAUUUACCUAAAAGCUGGGUCGGCAUCCACUAUCUUGAUAUCAGAAAGCCCCGUGUUCCUUAUCAACCGUUUGCCGUCUCGGAGCCAAUCGACGAUGGCGUUCAUCCAACCUCCACUGAUAAGGAUGGGCGACGAAAACAAGAUUGGCCAAUGAUAACUGGAGGAUUGAGGUCGACUACGAUAGGGACCAUGAGCCUUAUGGAUUGUCAAUAAGCGAUGGAAAUAAGAAAAUCGCGGGCCACCCUGUUCCAUGUGCUGGUCCGCUGUGACGUUGGUGAAAUACGAACAUGAAGCCCUUAUCAGGCCCCGGAGCUUCAGCAACGACAAUGACUGGGUUGAGCAGUCCAGAAUCCCGAUUCAAUGGGACGAAGGAUGUUGAUCAGUCUGGGGGUCUUCUGCGAGGUCGGAGGUCUCCUAUGCACAUGGUUGUACUACUUGAGGUAGUAUAUGAAUCAAGUCACUCUUCGCUUCCCUCCAGAUUUUCUUUCAGAAAGUAUCAGACUGCUCGAGGUCAUUGCUUGUGGGUCGCUAUAUUGAUAUUAGCCUAUAUUGUUAUACUUGAACUGCAAUUUCAUACCCCGUAUUAGGAUAUACGUGCAUUCGGAUUGACCAUCCAAGGCCAUCGUCCGACCAAAGCCGCAGUCAUGUCGGAGACAGCCAACUUUGUUGCUCCCUUGUCUCAAGGGUUUGGCUAUGGUAUUAUUGUCGGAUUAGGGUUCGCAUUCGCUUUGGUGAUGGUUUUUAUCACUUGGGCCCUCAAAAGAUAUCAGUAUGAAGUCCAGACCUCAGAGAUGUUUUCGACUGCAGGAAGAUCCGUCAAGUCAGGUUUGGUUGCUGCUGCUGUCGUAAGUAGCUGGACUUGGGCUGCCACCCUUCUGCAAUCCUCUGCAGUAGCCUAUCAGUACGGAAUUUCGGGGCCAUUCUUCUAUGCAUCAGGUGCCUGCGUGCAGAUUAUUCUAUUUGCGACGCUCGCCAUUGAACUCAAAAGACGAGCCCCAAAUGCGCAUACGUUCCUGGAAGUCAUUCGCGCUCGAUAUGGCACUGCUGUCCAUGUGGUCUUCAUUGUGUUUUGCUUGAUGACCAAUAUUCUUGUCACCGCAAUGUUGCUCACUGGUGGAUCUGCUGUCUUGACAUCCUUAACUGGAGUCAAUACGGUUGCAGCUUGUUUCCUGCUCCCCAUUGGUGUUGUGCUCUAUACGCUCUUCGGUGGCAUCAAAGCAACUUUUAUCACCGACUAUAUGCACACCGUGGUUAUCAUCGUCGUUAUAUUCAUCUAUGCAUUCUCCGCUUACGCGUCUAACGAUACUCUUGGAUCUCCGGGUAAAGUUUAUGAUGCUCUGGUUGCGGCGGCUGAUCGUCAUCCUGUGGAGGGUAAUGCUCAGGGCAGCUAUCUCACCAUGCGAUCAAAGGAGGGUGGUAUCUUCUGGGUUAUCAACCUUGUCGUGUGUUUCAGUACUGUCUUCCUGGACAAUGGCUAUUACAACAAAGCUAUUGCUGCGCACCCCGUACAUGCUUUCCCUGGUUAUGUUAUUGGUGGCCUCUGCUGGUUCGCCAUUCCUUGGCUCUGUGCCAGUACUAUGGGAAUAUCUGCUCUUGCUCUUGAAGGCACUCAGCGCAUGAGCUCGGAGGACGUAACUGCCGGCCUUGUCCUACCUUUUGCUGCUGUCAAGCUGCUGGGAUAUAGUGGAGCUGUCUGCACCACACUCAUGAUUUUCAUGGCAGUCACGUCGGCGUUUUCGGCUCAGCUAAUUGCUGUUUCUUCCAUCCUGACUUACGAUAUCUAUCAGGCUUAUAUCAACCCCUCUGCAAAGGGCAAGAGAUUAGUGUGGGUGUCUCACAUGUCCUGUAUUUUCUGGGCUAUUGCCAUGGCUAGUUUCGCAACUGGUCUCUACUACGCGGGUAUCGGUAUGGGCUACCUUUACUUGCUUAUGGGAGUUAUCAUCUCGUCGGCGGUGUUCCCAGGCGCGAUGACCCUCGUCUGGAAGGCACAGAACUGGGUCGCAGCAGCUGUAUCACCUAUUCUGGGCCUCGCCGUGUCCCUCAUCGCAUGGCUUGUAACCGCUAAGAAGGAAUCCGGUGUAUUGACCGUCGCUACCACUGGCGCAAACUAUCCCAUGCUCGCUGGAAACGUCGCCGCCCUCCUCAGCCCCAUCAUAUUCUCUCCUGUCCUCACUUACAUAUUCGGUCCUCAAAACUACGACUACGAAUCCAUGCGUGCCAUCCGCAAAGUUGAUGAUACAGACGUCGCAGCAGCCGCACACGUCGAUAUCGAACUAAUCCCCGGCGAAAACAACCCCGCCGCCAUCAACCCCGCCAAAGAGCAAGAAGAAGAGCGCAAGCUCAACAGGGCCGCGCUCUACUCGCGCACCCUCACCAUCGGCAUGGUUCUGUGCUUCCUACUCUUAUGGCCAAUCCCCAUGUAUGGCAGCUCGUACGUGUUCAGCAAGAAGUUCUUCACCGGCUGGGUUGUCGUGGGCAUCAUCUGGCUUUUCUGUACGACUGUAGGAGUGGUGCUUUUCCCACUGUAUGAGGGAAGAGAGAGUAUUAUCCGUACGGCUAGGCUUAUGGCUCUUGAUGCUGUUGGUAAGAAGCCGAGGUUUGAGGGACAGGAACAGACUCCAUCUGGUUCUGCGACGCCGACGGAGAAAGUGGGCACUAAGUCGGACGUGUAG